UUCCCCUCAACAAAUCCUAAAUUAAAUAACAUUAAAAACAUCAACAGUCAACACAACGUGGGAAGCUCAAUCUUUGCAUUGGUUUCCAUUUCUUUUUUUCUUUUAUUUCCAAUUCUCAUAAACGUGGAGGCUACCACCCUUUGCCCUUCUCCUCCAUUAUCAUCAUUCCAUACAAACUUCAAUAUGUAUCUAUCCAUCUAUAUAUACAUAUAUGUAUUUGCAUUUCACUUCCAAAAUAGAAGAAAACCAAAACCAAGAAGCAAAAAAGAAAAAUGGUUAGCUUAUCACCAUCAUACACUAGUUUGAUCCUCUUAGUCGGCCUUCUUUUCUCCGAGGCAACAAUUGUCAACUCGUUCGAUUACGGCGACGCCCUCGACAAAACCCUCUUAUUUUUCGAGGCGCAAAGGUCCGGCAAACUACCCGCCUCCCAACGCGUGAAGUGGAGAGGAGAUUCCGGCCUUAGCGAUGGCUACGCUCAAGGGGUGAAUUUGGUGGGAGGGUACUACGAUGCGGGGGACCACGUGAAAUUCGGAUUGCCGAUGGCGUUUACGGUGACGAUGCUAUCGUGGAGUGCCGUUGAUUUUAGUGGCGAUUUGGUGAGUGUUAACCAAAUGGCGCAUACUUUGGAAGCAAUCAAAUGGGGGACUGAUUACUUCAUCAAAGCGCAUCCAAAGCCUUUUGUUCUUUGGGGACAGGUGGGAGAUGGAGCGUCGGAUCAUUAUUGCUGGCAACGAGCGGAGGAUAUGACAACAUCGAGGACCGCUUACAAGCUAGACCCCGAGAAUCCGGGAUCGGACCUCGCCGGAGAAACCGCUGCCGCCCUAGCUGCCGCCUCUCUUGCUUUCAAGCCCUAUGAUUCCACCUAUUCCGAACUUCUCCUAGUUCAUGCAAAACAGAUAUUUUCAUUUGCAAAUAGAUUCAGGGGAUUCUACGAUGAGUCAAUUGGAAAUGCCAAGCAAUUCUACACAUCAUCUAGUUAUGCUGAUGAACUUCUAUGGGCAGCCACAUGGUUGUACAGAGCAACAAAAGAUGAGUAUUUCUUGAAAUAUGUUGUUGACAACUGUGUCUCCCUUGGUGGAACUGGAUUGGCUGUUAAGGAAUUCUCUUGGGACAACAAAUAUGCUGGAAUUCAAAUUCUUCUCUCAAAGAUUUUGCUGGACGGAGCUGGCGGACAAUACACUGCUACCCUACAGCAAUAUCAAGCGAAAGCCGAUUACUUUGCUUGCGCUUGUCUACAAAAGAACGAUGGCUACAACGUAAAAAUGACUCCCGGGGGGCUUCUCUACGUACGCGAGUGGAACAAUCUUCAAUACACCGCCUCGUCUGCGUUUCUCCUUGCUGUCUACUCCGAUUAUCUUGCUAAGUCGAAAAGUGUCGUUAAAUGUCCCAGUGUUCAAGUCCAACCUCAAGAACUCCUCACUUUUGCUAAAUCACAGGCCGAUUACAUUCUUGGAAAGAAUCCGAAAUCGAUGAGCUAUUUGGUGGGAUUUGGACAAAGCUACCCAUUGCAUGUUCACCAUAGGGGUGCUUCUAUUACAUCCAUUUCACUUCUCAAAUCCGCCGUUGGAUGUGUCGAAGGAUUCGAAUCAUGGUACAAACGUGUGGAGGCCGAUCCGAACGUUAUAUACGGAGCCCUUGUGGGAGGACCAAAUGCUAACGACGAGUACUUUGACAGUAGGUCUAAUUACGAACAAUCCGAGCCGACUAUUUCCGGCACUGCCCCUCUUGUUGGACUCUUCUCCAGAUUGCACAGAUUGCCUGCUGGUCCCUAUAAUCCAGGAUCUCCCAAUUCUUCUGCUCCUUACCACAAACCACAAGUUCUCUUCGUCAAUUUCUUUUUCUUUAAAAAUGAAAAUACUGAUUCUGAUCCGAUACAUCCAAUCCUGUCAAUUUUUAUAGCAUUAUAUUGUCAUAAAAAAAGUCCCGAUUUUCGAAGAAAUUUUCUAACACCUCCAAAUCUUGCAGGUCCAUCACCCAAGACUUACACACCAUCUCCGAAAACAAAACCAGCUGCCCCUGUCGAAUUCCUCCACUCGAUAACGAGCACAUGGACCGUCGGCACCGAAACUUACUACCGGCACAAGGUGAUAAUCAAGAACGUCUCGCAAAAGCCGAUCACGCAGUUGAGGCUCCACUUCGACAGCCUCACCGGAUCGCUGUGGGGGCUCAGUCCAACGCAAGAGAAGAACACAUACGAACUUCCCGAGUGGCUUAAAGUGUUGGAGCCGUCUUCCGAGUGCACUUUUGUAUAUAUCCAAGGCGGUGCUCAAGCCAAGAUUUCUAUUCAAAACUACCAUUAAUCGAUUAACAAGAGAUCUAGUGCGUGCGUAAAAACGAAUUUCGAUGUCGUAUGAUCUUUUUUGUCGAAUUUAAUUAUAUCUUCUUUUUGAUUGGUUGUUGUAUAAUUUGAUAUAUAUAUAUAUCAUGAAAAAAUGUGACAGGUGCUUGAUAUAUAAUAUUAACAAUGAUACAUAUAUGAUUUUUCAUGUGAUUAUAUCAAACCUCUGUGUGCUGUUUUUUGUUUUGGUUGAGGAAUUUUCUGAUAUUAAAACAGGGUUUAUUGCAUUAUUAUAUACUGAGCCUCAAUUAACAAUUAAUCAAGAUGAAUUGUCUUCUAUAAUAGAUAUUUAGCAAUGAACACUUAGUAAAUACUACUGAUUCAAAUGCAAUUUAUAUGCACAUGUACAUUUGGAAUUUUGGAUCAAACUUUUGGGAUCAAAACAACCAUAGUAAUUACUAGCCCUUAAAGAUAGAUUCUUUAAUUAAUCAUUUUAGAUUUCAAUCCCUUGU